GCCAUGCUUCGUAAUAUCCUUUUUUUUGCGUUCUUGGUGACCAUAUUUUCGUUAUGGAUUCCGGAAACAUUGCACAAUCACAAGUUUGAUGAUGAUCAGUCUUUUGGUGCUGUCAAAGGUGAUCCUGACUCUAAUAAAGUGGCAGAGAAAAAUGAAAAAAGUUCUCUUUUGAAAAACUGGCCACUAAUGUCAUCUAUCAUCGUCUACUGCAUCUUUUCACUUCAUAAUAUGGCUUACUCAGAAAUCUUUUCGUUGUGGGCAAACAGCCCGAGGAAAUUUGGAGGUUUGGCAUAUACCACUGCAGAUGUUGGUUCUGUUCUUGCAAUUUCAGGCUUUGGUCUCUGUUGAUGUAUGAAAUCGACAAUAUAAAUAAUACGUAUAUAAGUAGGAAUAUAUCGGAGCAGGUCCUCUUAUUAACGAAGAAUUCGAGGAAUGGUUUUCGGAAAAUGACAAUUAAAGAGUAAAGCGCAGUUAAUACGAAAAAUACAGCUCUUCUC